CGAGCGUGAACAGGAAGUGUUUGUUAAACAAGCUAGUUUAGCCAGCUAGUUUCAGUCAGGKACCUUAGCUAGGCUUGUCGUUAAAGUUUAAUCAUUGUUAUCACUAUGGGGUUGUUCGGCAGAACACCGGAAAAACCACCAAAAGACUUGAUCAACGAGUGGUCUCUAAAAAUUAGAAAAGAAAUGAGAGUGAUUGACAGACAAAUUCGAGAUAUCCAACGAGAAGAAGAAAAAGUAAAACGAUCCAUCAAAGAYGCUGCCAAAAAAGGUCAGAAGGACGUUUGCGUGAUCCUCGCAAAGGAGAUGAUUCAGUCAAAGCGGGCUGUUUCAAAACUUUAUGCCUCCAAAGCCCAAAUGAAUUCKGUGCUUCUCAGUAUGAAGAAUCAGCUUGCUGUGGUUCGUGUAGCCGGGACCCUGCAGAAGAGCACAGAGGUCAUGAAAGCCAUGCAGAGUCUGAUCAAAAUCCCUGAGAUCCAGGCCACCAUGAGGGAGUUAUCUAAAGAGAUGAAGAAGGCUGGAAUCAUUGAGGAAAUGCUGGAAGACACGUUUGAGAGCAUGGAAGAUGGAGAGGAGAUGGAGGAAGCAGCAGAGGAGGAAGUUGACAAGAUCCUCUUUGAUCUAACUGCAGGUGCCCUUGGCAAAGCUCCAAGCAAAGUCACAGAUGCUCUGCCAGAUUUGCAGCCCGCUGCAGCAGCUGCUGCCUCGGAGGAUGAGUCAGAGGAGGACAUUGAAGCCAUGCAGUCAAGACUAGAAGCUCUGAGGAGCUAAGGUGAAUCGCCCUCAUCGGAGUCAGUACGCACGAGGACAGAGACUUUUCUGGUGCAAUGUUCACUGUACCGAACCUCCCCUGCUUCAUGCUAUAUUUUCACAUCAUCAUUUGGGGUUAACAUUGUGCUCUGACAUUGUUUUCUAAAAUUCAAUGUAAGAAAAGGUGGCUUGUUUUUUGUCUUCUAUUAUCUGGGGUGGGUCUGGGUUUGUCUGUAUUAUCCAAAGUCAAUCAGAAGGUGAAGAAAGAUGUAUAUAAUGUAAGUAAGAAAAGCCUUCUGUGCCUAAUGUGCUUUUUUUUCUUGUUAUGUCUGAAAUAUUUGGACUGUUGUGGAAGUAUCUGGGUAAAUACGAUCCAAACAAGUGACUGAGUAGCUGUUGAUAAAUCUYGUCAUGCAGUCGAUCACCAGUCAGCAGUGGUUUUACCUUCCCAUAGGCAACUUCUGCUCACUUCAUCACUAAAUAAUCUUAAAAUCUCUGAAACACGAGAUGAUGAGGAGAUUUUGCUUGUGUUUUUUUUUUUUUAAUUAUUUCCAGUACCAGUCUGAAUCUAUUUGUUCUGUAUGUGGUGAUACAUGUUAAGUACACUCAGCAGAAAAUGCAUGCAUACUGCUUUUUCCUUAUGUUUGCUUUAAUAUUCAGCUUAUUAAAUGCUUCAUACAUCACAUUUGAGUUCUUUAUCCAAAUAUAGGUGGAGAGGAAAUUUUUUAAAAAAUGGUUACAGGAGAAUCUAUAUAUUGAGUGUUGUGUGUAUGAUUUUUCUAUGUAAAUGGACAAAAAAAUAACCAAUAAACUUUUAAGGAAAGUGACA